AUGGCGUUGGACGUUUCCUCCUUCCUCGCCUUCCGCGCUUUCCCUUGGCUUUCAUCUGGUUUUCCUCGCACGAGGAAACGUAUGCGAUUAGCUUCCUCAGUAGCAUGCUUCUUCUGACUUUUAUUUCUUGCACAUCAUACUCAAAAUGGCGGGCAUUCAUAGACGAGGAAGGGCGUCGAGCGCAAUGAAAUGGGACUCGACUCAAACAAAACAGUCAAUGGUGGGAAAGAAGCCGCUCGCUGAACCUGAGUCCGUGCCUCACGCGCUCGCUAUGGUCGGACUCUACGUGUGUCGCAGUGUCGUGCUCAUCGAACCCGAAGUGAAGGUGCCAGUGUACCUGGGUAUUCUCCUCUUCGGUUCCGUAGUGUGUGAUUUCCUUCCACUCCCGAGGACUUAUUUCUCCCGUAAAGAGAACAUUUUCAACGCUUAUUUCGUCAAGCUUGGAUGGGGCUGGACACUGGUUGUCGUCGGUUUGUUCGUUUACUUGUCCGCUCGUGUUUACUGCUGUGGUGAUCGGAACCUCGUGAAACGGCAUAUGUUUCGUUUGGCAAUAGGAACAGCUGUUUGGUUUAUUUCUAUAAAUUCUUUUCUAUUACUUGAGUUCUAUACUGGACGCUGCACUUCAGAUAAGUAUGGUUCAAGGUCGGCAUGCAUUAAGUCCGGUUAUAGAUGGCUCGGUUUCGACAUUUCUGGACACUCUUUCCUUCUAAUUUAUUGCAACCUCCUCAUCAUGGAAGAAGCUAAAAGUUUACGUGGUUGGGAAAAAAUCGGGGAAAUGAUUCGCAAUGAGAAGUUCGACGAGGACAGUCCGCUCAAAGAAAUACCAGAGGAGAAACUCGUUGUUCUUCGUGAAGAGUAUUCUAAACUGACUCCAUAUAUUCGGUAUCUCUUUGUCGGGAUGACAUUCUUGUCGAUCCUUUGGGACGUCAUGCUUGUAUGCACUGUGAUUUAUUUCCAUACAAUGGUCCAGAAAGUAUCUGGAGGCAUCAUUGCUGUGUUACUGUGGUUUGUUACAUACAGGCUGUUGUACACAUUACCAUGGUCUCCUGGAUUGCCAGGAAAAGGGUUGGUGAAGUAUAAUGAUGUGGGAGCGAGAAAGUGGGGCACGCAGCGUUCUAAUCAUUCGCAGGCAUGGAGAGUGAACAGGAGUUGAAUGUUUGGAGCUAUGUGCUGAAAAAACAUGUAACUCUUCGUUGUUUGUGCAUGAAGAGGAUAUCUGGGUGCAUUUGGUUUGUCAUGUUUGUAAAAGGUUGUAGGCUGAAAUGAGUAGCAUCUGUAGUUCAGUAUGUGUUUUUUGCAGUCAUUUAUGGUCAUUUUAUGUAUUUAGUGGGACAACAUGAUCUUGUGCACUCUU